AUGGUAGAUGCAGAGGCAGUGGAGGGGCUACGGGUGUGCGAUCUCCUAGCACCAGGAGGGGCAGAGUGGGAUGAGGCCAGGUUACGGCUGCUCUUCGGAGUACAUCUGGCUGUGAGGAUUCGGUCUCUCCCGCUUCCAGGUUGUGGGGGGCCGGAUGUCAGGGUAUGGGGCACUUCGAGCCGGGCCGGUGUUAGACUGGGAGACCUAUCCCGUGCUAUUCAGCCAGAGCACGAGCCGGGGUCAGAUUGCGCUUGGAUCUGGAGGUCCGGCCUCCACCCGAGGGCAGCUCUCUUUUUGUGGAAGGUGUUCUGGGACCGCCUUCCGACGAGAGCAGUGUUGAGCAGGCGUGGCUGGGGGAUCCCUGCGGAGUGCGGGACGUGCGGAGCUGAGGAGACAGUGGACCAUGUGCUCUUUCAGUGUACUUGGGCGAUGUCGACAUGGCAGUGUACAGGGAUCCCGCAGGGGGCCCGAUGUGCGCGGAUUCAGUUCCUUAGUAUGAUGCGGCAGUGGCUAGCGAGUCCGCAGACUCAUGAGGAGGGUAUCAGAGCGACUUGCACGGCCCUUCAGAUCUGGCUGGCAAGGAAUGCUCGUACUCUCGGCCAGCGUAGGGUGUCACCGAGGUUUGUAGCAGAGUUUGCUCGAGCACAGGCCACGGAGAUCAGCCAUAUCCCUUCCACAGUCAACUUUGAUGGGUCUGUGUUGGAUGGCGGCUCGAGAGGUGGUGCAGGUUUUGUCAUACGGGACCCGCAGUCCAGAGUUGUGGCUGCAGGCGGCUGCCGCUUGUUCGCUACAUCAGUCCCGGGAGCUGAGCUGCACGCUGCCUGGGCGGGGAUUCGACAUGCACGGGCGAUGAUGCGGACCAGCCCGAUUAUUCUGGAGGGCGACUCAGCUACCGUUAUUGGAUGGAUUCAGCAGGGGUUGAGGGGUGAGAGCUCAGACCACCCCUUGAUCCGCGACAUAGUCAGGAUGAUGAGAGAUGGGGGGGCCACCCAGGCCAUGCAUGUAUUUCGGGAGGCCAAUGGGGCGGCUGAUUGGGUAGCCGCCUAUGCGGCCCACCAUUCGGGUUACGCCCUUUGGUCAGGGGAGGGGGAGCUGCCUUUGGCACUCCGUGAGAUAUUGUAUUUUGAUCUUAUUGGGUGUAUUCAUACACGGUCUGUAUGA